UUAGAACACAGAUAUUUGCAGCUGAGGCAUGAGUCUAUGCAAAGAAAUAUCAGACUGCGAUCAAAAAUUGCAAUGAAAAUGAGAGAAUUUUUAAUCAGAAGUCAUGGUUUUGUGGACAUCGAGACACCAACGUUGUUUAGACGAACCCCUGGGGGUGCUCAAGAAUUUGUAGUCCCUACCCGAAUGCCUGACAAAUUUUAUUCUCUAGUCCAAAGUCCCCAACAGUUUAAGCAGCUAUUGAUGGUAGGUGGAUUUGAUCGUUAUUUCCAGAUCGCUCGUUGCUACCGAGAUGAAGGAACUAAACCCAAUCGCCAACCAGAAUUCACACAGGUUGACAUUGAAAUGUCUUUUACAACAAAAGAAAACAUUCAAAGAUUAAUCGAAGGACUGUUGAAUCAUGUUUGGCCCGAAGACAUGGGUAACAUACCAAUUCCGUUUCCUGAAAUGAGCUACAAGGACGCCAUGGAGAAUUACGGAGUAGACAAACCUGACACACGCUUCGGCAAUUUGCUUCAAGACAUAACGGACCUCACCAAGGCCAGCGAAAUGUCUCGCAUAUUCAACAGUUCCCAGAUUGCGGAUUUCACUGCAAUCGCCAUAGUUUUCAAGAGCUCUGUGGCUUUGAUUUCGAAAACUGCCGAAGAGUCCUUACUCACUUCGGAAAAAACGGCCACACAAAACGCAGCUGUCCUUUGUUCUCAUCAGAAUAGAAGACGGGGGAAAAUGGAAAUCAUCAUUGGCCAAAAAACUAACUCAAGAAACAAUGAACUCCGUUGGCGAUCGUUUAGGUGCGUCUGCAGGCGAUACUAUUUUACUUGGUCUUGGACCUAGAGAAAGCUUGGUAAGUUAUUUACAGUUGCCUCAAAUAAAAUAAAAUGAA